AUGUUAGUAUUAGCAUUAAUUAGUUUAGUUAGUGCAAGCACUUAUUACUCUGUACUUCAUAAGUCUGAGGGAAUAUAUAAAGUAGUUCCUGGUAGAUUUGCAGAUGCUUGUGCUAUUGGAUAUUAUGAUGAUACUAUUCAAACAACAGGAUGGGGACAAUUAUAUAUAAGAAGUAAUUUCAAAUUAGCAGAGACUGAACAAUCUUAUUGUUCAGGAUAUUUAGAAGCAUAUUUAACACAUCACUAUAUGUAUUUGUAUUGGACUAAUUACAAAGCAAAUGAAUAUGAAAAUGGUCAACCAUCUAAUACAUUAAUUAAUAAAAUGCAAGAACAACUUGAUUUCUUUAAGACAGAAUCAUCAACUAAUACUAAUGAAUAUUGGAGAAGACAAAAAGUUAUUAAAUACCAAUUUAAUGGAUUAGUAGAUGGAUAUAUGGCAGCAUCUCCUGCAGAAGAAGAACUUCCAGAAAUUGAACUUUAUAUGUUACUUUCAGUUGGAGACUUAGAAAAUUUAAAUGAGAUUUAUAAAACAGGAAAAGAACCAGAAACAUCAAUUGUUUAUAUGAGAAAAGCAUUUCCUGAUAGAAUUUAUCAUGAGUGUAGUGCAUUAGUUCGUGCAGUAGGAGAUGAGGUUUAUUUUUCACAUGGAACAUGGAGAGGAUAUUAUGCAAUGUUGAGAAUUUAUAAAGUUUAUGAUUUGUUUUAUGGAGGAAGAAGACUUAAAAUGAGUUUCUCAUCAUCACCAGGACUUAUUCAUUCAAAAGAUGAUUAUUAUACUGUUAAUGCAGAAGAUACACAAUUAUUUGUAUCAGAAACAACAAAUUCUGUUUAUGAUUCUAGUGUUUAUGAAGAUAUUAAUGAUAAAUUACUCUCAUGGCAACGUAUUUUAUCUGGUCUUUAUUAUGAAAGAACAGCAAAAGAAUUUGUUGAAUUAAUUAAGGAUUAUAAUUCAGGUACUUACAAUAAUCAAUGGAUUGUCUUUGAUGUAAACGCAUGGAAAAAAAAUAAAGCUGAAUCAUUAUUCAUUUGUGAACAAAUGCCUGGAUUAAUGAAGUCUCACGACGUUACUGAAUAUUUAACUUCAGAAGAAAAACAAAAUAUGUGGCCUUCAUAUAAUGUUCCAUUUGAUAAAGAGAUUUAUUCUAAAUCAGGGUAUCCAACUGAUCAUGAUGAAUACACUUCUUGUAGUCGUGCUAAAAUUUUUAACAGAGACGUUAAAAAUGUUCAAACUUUAGAAGAUAUGAAACAUAUUAUGUUAUAUAACGAUUACCAAAAUGAUGAAUUUUCUAAAAAUGAUCCAAAAGAAUCUAUUGCUUCUCGUUAUGAUCUUCGUGUUGAUAGACCAAAUGCUUUUGGAGCUAUUGAUGCUAAAAUAGUUUCUACUUCAAACCCACAUAUCACUUAUGCCAUUUCAGGACCAACUCAUCAAGGACAACCAGUUUUUGAAUGGACUGAACAAUUUAAAAAUGUUCAUGUUGGAGUACCAGAAAAAUUUGAUUUUGAUUGGGUGGAAAUUAAUGACAGGCAAUAA